AUGUCUCGUCAGCUUGAUAUGGAAAGUGGGUCUGCAGACAGCUUUGCAGGUGCUGAUUGGCCAAGCUUGGAGCCGGGGAGCGUCUCACAAGGUCUUCAAUCCCCCAUGAAUCCUGUGCUGUUGGAAAAAGAUUAUCAAGCCAAUCUCGCUGACGCAUUCUGGCGAACGUCAGGAUCGAGCGCCUCCAGAGGUCCAAAAAACAAACAUGUCAGAAUCAAGCCAUGUUUAAAAGGGGGCGCGAAUCGUAAGUACUGGCCGCAUGAAGGUUUUAUGAAUUCAGAAGAAUCUACAGGGACAAAUAGUAAGAAGUCAGGAAAACUUGUCCCAGACCCAUCAGAGGCUGUGACUGUCACACCCUCAGACCUAAUCCACAUGAGCUUGUGCAAUGUGUUGGGGGGGAAACAAGAGGAAGGUCAAGGAGGGUCAGAUUUCAGGGUCCCAAACAUGAAGCCUCUUGUCUUCCAAAAGUAGAAGUGCUUCCUCAUCUUUGUAUUUGUCUAAUUUUCUCAUUUCUUUCCAUCAUGAAAUCCUCAAAUCAUGAGCCAAAAAUCUUUGGAGUUAAUCAGAAAUAUAGUGUGUUUAUUAGCACUUUUUGUUGUCUUGAUUCCGUAAAAGUUACAUGCAAGAAUUCUUACUCUAAUGAAUG